AUGGACAACAGCGAAGAGCGUGGCAAGGUUGCCGUCCAGAGGCCGACUGGCGAUGAUUUGAAGAGGGACUUCAAGGGCCGCCAGGUAGCGAUGUUUGCAAUUGCUUGCUCAAUGGGAACCGGUCUUACAAUCUCCUCUGGGACAGCAUUGACUCGUGGUGGUCCGGCCAGUCUGUUGAUUUCCUACCUUCUCAUCGGUUUUGCAGUCUUCUUCAUCAUGACUGCCCUGGGAGAGAUGGCAGCCUAUAUUCCCAUGAAGAAGGGGUUCUCUGGAUAUGCGAGUAGAUACGCACAUCCAGCUUUGGGUUAUGCCAUUGCGAUACCCACAAACCUGACGGCGGCAGGAUUGAUCGUACACUACUGGAGACCAGACCUCAACGUAGGUAUCUGGAUCACAGUGUUUGGUGCAAUGGUCAUUCUACCCAAUGUUUGUCCAGCCCUGAAGCGGCGUAUCUGCCAUGGCAACUACUCACAAUACCAGGUCACCCAUAUCAACAAUUUUGGCGAAUCUGAGUUCAUCCUCAGCUGCAUCAAGCUCAUUGUUAUUACGACCCUCAUCCUAUGCUGUUUCAUAAUCUCCGCUGGCGGCUCUCCUUCUGGAGAAAAAAUCGGCUUCAAGUACUGGCACAGCCCCGGCGCAUAUGGGCAGUAUCUCCUCGGCGGCCGCAAAGGCUACCUACUCGGCUGGUGGGCGUGUAUGAUCCAAGCCUGCUUUGCAUACACAGGAACCGAAGUCGUCGGAGUGACAUUCGGCGAGGCAAGUAACCCGCGCAAGACCAUCCCCAUGGCCAUAAGGCAGACCUUCUGGCGGAUCCUCAGCUUCUACGUUAUUGGUGUGUGGGCUCUCACCAUGGCAGUUCCCUAUACCAGUUCAGAGCUCGUAGAUGCAACCUCAAAGUCUACUUCCGCUGCAGCUUCACCCUUUGUCGUCGCGAUAUCACUCGCGGGAAUCAAGGUCCUCCCCGAUAUCGUCAAUGCUGGCUUACUCGUUUUCGUCGUCAGUUCGGCCGCUUCAGAUAUUUACUGUUCGUCCCGCUCGCUCUAUGGUCUAGCCAAAGACGGACAGGCGCCGAAGCUUUUGGCAAAAACAUUGAAAAAUGGCGUUCCAGCAUGGAGUGUGUGUUUUGCUGCGCUUUUCUGUGUUCUGGGGUACAUGAACGCCGCUAAAUCUGCAUCAACGAUCUUUGAAUACUUCGUCAGCCUGGCGACGAUCUUUGCGCUGCUUAACUGGCUCAGUAUCCUGCUUUCGUAUCUCAACUUCAGACGUGGUAUAAAGAGACAGGAAAUCAGCUUGAAAGAGAGGUCUUAUUGCGCUGUCCUGCAGCCUUAUGGAGCUUACUACUCAAUGUUCAUUACUGUUCUCUGUAUCGUCUUCUCUGGUUAUGACGCAUUCAUCCCACAAUUCAAAGCAGACCAGUUUGUGCUUCGGUAUGUCGGGAUCGUCGUCUACGUGGGCAACUUCCUCUUCUGGCGGUUCUAUAAGGGAGCCCGGUACGUGAGGCCCUGCCAGAUGGAUCUGACGACGGGAUUCUAUGAUUCUGUCCUUGAAGGUUCUUCAGACCAGAUUAAUGUUGAAGUCCCUGAGAAGGGCGAGGUUGAGGUUCGGGCUAGUGAGGUAGAGAUUACGACAAUUGGGGAGGAUGGGAAAGUCGCUGGGCGAUGA